GAAUCUCUUGAGGUCAUCUAGUCCAGGCCCUUUCACAAGGCAGGAUUGUUCCUGAGGAUUAACCAUCCCAGACAAGUAGAUAGUCUAUGACUUCUGCUGUGGGUAUUUGACAAAACAGUUUACAAUAUAGCCCAAAGGCACAGCCCAAGUCUUGAUAGGUAGGUGGGAGGACAGAAAGCAUGGAAGCCAUAUACAAUGUGACAGAAGUGCUUGCAUCCCUUUGCUGUUCAUGUCCAGGCUGUCACACUUUUUGGAGUUUCUGUAGACAUUCUACUACAUUUUUUUUGUGUGAUGUGUGACUGUCGAGAUGCUCCUUCAAGCAGAGCUGGGUCUUAGACAAAUUAUUUUGUUUGCCAGUUGUUGCUGAAGCGUCUGUGUUACUUCAGCCUCUGCUCCAAGCGGCAGAGUUGUGUGGUUUACAUGACGACUCUACAGGCUGAUAUUGCUUUAAUAAGAGCAAGUGUAUUUCAGCUCUGUGCCAGCGUUCACCACAGGAGGGUGCUGCUCUCAUUCCAAAGGUUCAGGCUAGGCAAGGUUCAGUGUGGCUCUUAGCUGGGAGUGUUUGUUACAAAAUGUCUGUGUGCUGCUAUCAAAUACAGCUGAAGAAAAGGACUGUGUCUGUAUCCUGGCUCUCCUGGUUGCUUUGGUGUAGCAUGAUGCUUUCUCCUGCUUGGGGAUAUGUGAUAGUCAACUCUGUCUCCUGGUCUGUUACCAACGAGGUGGAGGAAGAACUGGACAGCUCCUCCAACGAGGAAGCUCUCCCUGCACUCCUGGAAGACACGACUAGCAUCUGGAAGCAGAGCUACCCGGCCUCUGUUUACAAAGAAGAUGGGCAAAUGAGGUCCAGGCCAGUGGCUGGAAGAUCCAAGCAGGUAUCCUCUCCUUCUAGGAUGUUUUCCUACAGGAGAGAGAGUGUCAAAGGGACAGAUGACAGCAUUGCUCCUCUGGAGCAGGCAAUCCGAACUGCCCGUUUCCUGAGCCAUUAUAACAGCUGGGGCUUCUUGGCUACUCAGUCCACGCAGGAAAAGAUUCAAGGGAUGCCAUUUGGGAAUUAUUUACCUGUCAGUGAUGGGCCCAUCAAUAACAGCACUGGAAUCCCUUUCUUUUAUGUGACUCCAAAGGACAACUCUGUGGCAGACCUCAUGAAGAAUCCAGUGGCUUCACUGACCCUGCCAGAGGCAGAAGGAGAUUUCUGCAGAAAAAAUGUAAUUGAACCUGAUGAUCCAAGGUGUGCCAAACUGACCCUUACAGGACAGAUGAUCAUGGUGCCUCCAGAGGAAAUGGAAUUUGCCAAGCAAGCACUGUUUUCCAGACAUCCAGUCAUAAGGAAAUGGCCUCGUAACUAUGAAUGGUUCUUCAUGAAGAUGAGUGUUGAGCAUGUCUGGCUUCAUAACUGGUAUGGAGGUGUUUCUACUAUUGCAGUGGAAGAAUAUUUCAAAGGAGUUCCAAGUAAAGCUUAAUUAAGCUUUGAAAAAGAAUUUUUCAGAGUUUGUUUUCAAAACACUUUAAGCACCAUGUUGUUGAAUGAUCAUUUUGCAGUGACCAUUUUUUGUUUAAGUCUUCAAAAUAAAUCCAUCUUUUUUUAAAUAGAACAGAAUGAAAAUGAACCAAUAUGGACAGUUAAAUUAAAAAUCAGCUGUGGAUAGUAAACCUAAAUUGCAUUCUUGCAAUUUCAUAUAGGAUAUCUGUUUAAAAAUGUUUUGGAUCUGCCUGUUUUGAUUUUUAUUGCCAUGCCCUCACAUGCUGAUUAUGACAUAUACUAAAUAUAGUGUUUUGAUUCACAGAAAAACAAAUUGCCUAUAAAAAAA